AUGGUUCCAUGCGACGGGUACUCACCAGUAGGCCCGUUUGGGAACUCGACGACCGGGGACUCGAAGAGGGACUCACCAGUAGGCGUUACACUUGCGAAGCCUAGCACGCUUGGACGGUCCGACGAGCGCGCCGAGUCGAGUCAAGCCCAUGAGGGCCACCGUUAUCCAGAUCCUCGCUAUUCAGAUCCCCGCUAUCUUGAUCCCCGCUAUAGUGAUCCCCCCUAUGUUGAUCCCCGCUAUAGUGAUCCUUGCCGGAGGUUGCAGCGGCACCAGACGUGGAAUUGCGCGGACGACCGUCGCGCGCGGAGGAGCGGAUGGCGGGACGUGGCCGCGGAGCCCAGGGGGGGGAUCGGGCACGCGGCGACGCCCCAGGGGAGGAGCGGACACGCGGCGGAGCCGAGGGUACGGCACGUGGGAAACACGCGCGAGUGGGCGGCGCGCAGCGGAUUGAAACUUGACACGUCAGUGACAGUUUUCGACGCGCGUCAAGAAUCGACUGGGACGGGGGACCGGGCGACGGCGCUGCGCGGCAGUAUCGAGACGAGCAGCUGGGAAGAGGUGGAAGCGCGGUGCAGGCAGCUGUCGCACGCCAACGUGGACAUAACCGCAAUGGACCUCACGCACCUGCCGCCCUCCCCUGCUCCAACUCCCACAACCGCUACUCGUUUCUCACGCCCUCUCCCGCUCCUCUCCCCGUCCGCCGCCUCUGCUGCCGCCUCUGCCGCGGCCUCUGCGUUCAAAUCCGUGUCACGGGCUGCCCUCGCCAUCACGUCCCCUCGCUCUGACCCCCGUUCGGGCCUGCCCCUCCCUAGUCCUAGGGGUAUGCUAAACCUGCCUAGUCCGAGAAGUCUUUUGAGUCUGCCUAGCCCCAGGGGCAUCCUCAGUCUCGCCUCCCCUGGUUCUACCCGGACUAAGCAGCGCCCGCAGUGGCAGCAGCAGGAGGAAUGGGUCGAGGAGAGGGGGGCGAUUGGGAAAGGAGAAGGGAUUAAUGAGGGGGGAGGGAUUGGGGAGGAGGAAGCGAUUGAGGAAGGAAGCUCCUCUGGGCGCAAGGCAGAAGCGCAGGCAGGGGUAUCAGCGUCAAGAGCACAGGCACGGACCAGAGCAAAAGUGAAGGCAGAGGGGAGGGUUGAGGCGAGGGAGGCUGCUGGGUGCACGGCAGAAGGGGAUGGGGUGGGUGGUGGUUUGGAAGGGAAGGUAGAGGAGAGGGAUGGUGGUGAUGGGUGUAUGGGAGCAUCAUGUGGGGGCAAUGAUAUGGCAGCGUGCUCGAGCAGCAGUGGGAACACUGUCAGGAAUGGCAGCAACAUGCGCAAUCGCAGCAACACGAGCAGCGGUGGGGGCGUAAGUAGCAGUGGGAAGAAGAGCAGCGGUGGUGCUAGAAGGAAGGAGGGAGUGCAGCAGCGAAGGCCGGCCCUUGAGGGGGGAGGCUCUGUUGAAUCACUCGACUCGCUGGGGUCUCCGUCUGUGCGGGUGGCCGACUGUGCGACCCCGCACGGGCUUUCAGUUUCCGUGCCGAAGCAGGACGGGAGGGAUGGGCAGGAUGGGCUGAAGGGGUGGAGGGGAGGUGAUAGAGAGGGUGGCAGGGAGAGCAGUGGAGGCAGAGCAGUGCGACGCGGUGAGCAGGUGGAGGGGCGAGAGGAGGAGGAAUUGCGGCGUGUGCUGUCGUUCACUGAAGGCACUGUUCAAGAGAAGAGGGGAGGUGGCUCUGCCUGUUGUCAUCGCACUGCUGCUGCUGCUGCUGGUCCUCCCACACAUCUCCCCUGCUCCUCCAUCUACUCCUCUGGUCAACUCACCACUGCUAAAUCGUCAUCCCUCUCAUCCCGCCAGCUGAGCAUCACAACCUUCUCACUCUCCUCACCAGCUAGUUCCAUCCCCACAGGCUCUCACAACCUCGUACACUCCUCCCACCUCACCUACCCCGACUAUUUUGACUGCCCCAAGUAUCUUGACAAUUCCGUCUGCCCUGACUGCCCUGACUGCCCGGAUUGCCUUGACUACCCCGAACCCCCUCUCUCUGUGUGCUCCACUCACUCGCUGCCCUCCACACACUCUGUAACCACUGCUGCCGGCUUCUCUCGCUCCAGGACUAUCAGGGCUGCAAGUCUUCCCCCUGUAGAAUCUGCCGCGUUCAAACGGGUGGCAGGGGCGUAUGGAGAACAUGGGCUGCAUGCGCGGCUGUUGGAUGGCAUUGUUCGUCUGCUAGUGGAUUCAGGGAGCGUCAGUAGUGCUGGGAACAGUGGGGUUUUGGCAAAAGGGAGAAUGGACGGUGGGAUGAAGCCAGCGGAUUUUCUCGAUGCGAGAUCAACGGUGGCGAUGGGAGGAGCGGUGAAGUUUGAAGGGUCUCUUGAAAAUGCCACAAGGAAUCGUCCAGUUUGCUUCGCCAAUGCACUGUUCAGCGGCAAUCUCAAGGCAUCAGCUUAUCCAGGCACUCUCCCCCUGCUGCCCGCCCGCCUGCACUCCCACCUGCGCCACACCCUGUCACCACCUAACCACCUCACCCCAACCCUCAAUUUCACCCCCACCACCAAUCCCUCUUCGACCUCCUCCACCUCCCCCUCCACCUCUCUCCCGCGUCUACUCUACAUUCGUCGCACCGUCGGCACCAACAACAGCGCCAGCAGCCACGCCGCCCGGCGAGCAUUCAACCAAUCAAGCGAGGCGGCCUUCCAGUCCCUCCUUGCCUCGCUGCCAGGUGUCGCCGUGCAAGUGGCGGACUUCGCCAGGCUGUCAUUCGCGGAGCAGUUUGCGCUGGUACAGGGGGCGGACAUCAUUGUGGGGUUACACGGGGCUGGUCUCACUCUAGCUUCGGCUUUCAAUCACGCACCCUCCACUGCCGCCGCCGCCGCCGCCGCUGCUGCGACUGCAACUGCGGCCCAAAGUGACCCCUCUCCCCUGCGCCCCACGAUACCAGUCGUGGUGGAAAUCCAGCCGUACAAGGUACAGCACAUAAUAUUCGAGGGCAUGGCCAAGUCAGCAGGCGCGCUCUACCUGCUGCACCAGUGCCACCGCGGCCCCACCGACCAACCAGGCGACGCCACAUUUGCACACGUCAGCCGGGAGGCCUGUCGGCGGCGGCUCGAGUGCCGGGACCACUUUGUGCAGUCGCGAUUCGUGGAGCUGACUCAGCGCGACGUGGCAUCGCUUCGGCGGUUGUUGGAAGUGGCUCGGGAUUUCGUUACCGAGGGUCUGAGAGCAGCAGAAGCAGUUGAGGGUCUGAGAGAGGCGGCUCAACCGUACAAGGUGGCGGAUUCUGUCGCAGGAGGGAAUACACGCACGGGGAAAGGAGUCAGUGGUAAAGGCGUCGGCAAUGAGAGAAGGGCGCUGCACUCCAUGAGAGCUCUCCACGCCCCUGGAGAUACUGCAAGCGCCGAGGAGGACUCUCUGAGAUCAGGAGAGAGCAAGGGGCGGUCAUGGGGCCUCUGGGGUUUGUUGAUAGGUGGAAGGGACGGAGGAAGAGAGACAGCAGGGCAGGGCACACAGCAGGGUGCACAGCAGGCCGUAGGUGCAGGUGAAGGGGUUAUGGCAGAUGCAGUGGGUGACAGUGAGAGGCAUGCGCAACAAGUAAGUGGGAAAACAGCAGGGCACACGGCAGAUGCGCUGUGGGCUGGCAUUCGGCACGGCAUGCAGGGAGGUGGGGAGGGAGGAGGAAGUGAGGGAGGAGGAAAUAGGGGAGGAGGAAAUAGGGGAGGGGAAAGGGAUGACAGGACAAGGUUAGCAGAAGUACCUGAAGCAGCACAAGAAGCAACGGUGCAUGCGCAAUCUGCACAAACACCAGAGGCAGCUGCACAAGCAGCACAAACACCAGACACUGGAGCGCUCGUGGCACAAGCAGCACAAGCAGCACAGAUAGCGUGGGUGAGGGGGUGGAUGGAGAGGGAGUGUGGCGAGUGGAUGAGUGGGACGGACAACAACUGUCGUGUGGAGGCCGUGCGAUCGCCCCAUGUGCGCCCGGGGGAGAGGUGUGUGCUCGCUGCUGAUGACUGCUGA